AAUGGGAAACCUUAUUUCAAAUGAUCAAUUUAAAACUAAUCUUAAAGAAUUAAUGGAAAAUAAGAAAAUCAAGAAAACCCUCAAAAUUAUUUACAAAGAAAAGCAAGGUCAAUUAUUAAGUAUAUAAUCAUGUGAAAUUAUAAAACACUUUCACACCAUCUAACAACGUUUGGAUUAUAAAAAUUACGAUUUCUAGCACAAUUGUAAAAUAAUCCUAGAUAUUGAUGAGAAAUAAAGAACAUAUAGAGAAUGCAAUGUGUGUAAAAAAAAAGUGAAACCAAAUCGUAGUUAUACCUUCUGUUCUAAUUGUAAAUAAUCCACAUAAAUCACACAUUCUUUCUGUUCAGUAGUUAAACUUAUAGAUGCAAAUUCUUUAUAGAAUUAAGAUUCUUAUAAAGCAAUCAUGUUUGAAGUUGCUCAAAAUUUUUUAAGUAAAAUAUUUUAUCUUAAAUCAAAGAUGUUUCAGCUAAAGAGUUUGAUUCAUGGAGUUCUGAAAGUCAAAAUGAUCAUUAUCAAAAAAUUAAUUAAUAGAAAUCUCAUAUAACCUAUUUACUUUUAUUGUAAUACAAACCAGAAAGAGAAAAUUUCGUGAUUAAAUAAAUUAUACAGAAUGAAAAUAAUUCAGACUAAAUUUCCUGA